UUUGCAUAAUCCUUCGUAUGUUUAGUUUCAUUUUAAGAAAAGCGAGAGAGAGACAGAAAUCCUAAAAAUUGUCUUUCACUGUUUAGACAAAAAAAAAAAAGAAAACCCUCCAACCAGAAGCCUACAUUUCCCAUACACCCCCUCGGUUUAAAGCACCUCUCAGAAGGGUUUGUGGGAUUUGAAGGAUUAGUCUUUGAGCCGUGCGCCACCAUUUGCUGGAGUUUUACUGAAAUAGACUACAUCACCCACACAUGCUUGAGUCGCAAACGUUGGCUCAUCCUUGACCGGAGGAGAUCGGCUUUUUGCUGCAUAUUGCAGACAGACACCGGGCUAAUGAAAUAAUUAUCUUGCCGGCCAAUGUGAACUUGAUGGAUGUGAGGACUCCUUCAUGUCAUCCUUCAGUGGGCUCAGCAUGGCGCAGGAGGAGGACAAACACAGCCUGGAGGCGAAAUUUGCUGCCGCAGUUAAAGUGAUCCGGAGUUUGCCUGAAGAAGGUACUUUUCAGCCAUCUGAUGACAUGAUGCUGAUGUUCUAUAGUUACUAUAAGCAGGCCACCAUCGGGCCAUGCAGCAUUCCCAGACCCACUGGCUUCUGGGACACCCGUGGCAAAGCUAAAUGGGAUGCAUGGAGCGCUUUAGGAAAUAUGACAAAGGAGGAAGCCAUGAAGAAUUAUAUUGAGAACAUCCAGCUGAUUCUGGAGACUGUGCCAAUUUCAGAAGAGGUCUCUGACCUGGUACAGAUGCUGGGAAAUUUCUACACAGAGGUAGGAGGAGAAGAGGCUGAAGAAAAUGAGGUGGACAGGAGACCCUUCACCAGGCCAUUUGCACAGCAUGCAGGCGGACUGGUUAAACCCUUUAAGAAACCAACAAUGGAAGGCUAUGGGGAUCUGUGGGAUGAUAUUCAAAGCCUCCAUGAAAACGAAAAAGACAGCAGUGCUCGUGGCUUAAGUGUCAGUAGCGAGGAGGGAAGCAAGGAGAAUAGUGAAGUCGAGAGAAAAGAGGGAAGUAGUGAAUGGAGGAGAAGUGAGGAAGAGGAAAGUGGGGAUGAAGAACACAAUGCAAACGAUGAAGACAAAGAGGAGGAAAGAGACUGGAGUCCCGAUCCACAGCUAUUAAUGGUGGAGGACAAGAGGUGGAGGUCUGACACUAAGGGCUCCUGCAGCAGUGUGGAGCCCAGCAUGUCCUCCUUCACCAACGGCACGCACAGCUCCCUCAACAGCGAUAUGGAGGAGGAGGAACUGGCAUGUUCCAUAGAGCCCAGUGUACAGUGUAACCCAUACAUGCACAUUAAUGGACAUUUGAGUGAUCAUAGCGAGACUGUUCCUGAGAAGAACCGUCGAUCCACUGACUCAGAUAAUGAAGAGUUCUGUGACUCAAUGGAGCAUCUAGCAGUGGAAGAGCAGCUCUCCACAUCCAAGGGCCUGUCACCGGGACUGGGAGCUGCCUCAGGGAGGCAAAGGGAUCUUUGGUUUGAGAGCAACACUACCCUGAUAGAUGGAGAAGAUCAAAUACUCACAGGAGAUUUUAAAGAAGGGCUUAGUCCAGGAAAACACAACAGCUCCCUGUCAAGAACAGGGAGAGGUUCUCAGACACCGAGGGCCACCUGCAGCUCUGAGCUGUGUGUCCGCGUAGAUGCCGCCUGCUGUGGCAUGUCAACGUGCAGCCUGCGUCCUGUCAGUGUUACCAGGGGAAACAUCAACGAGCAAAUAGCCACGGCUCUGCUGAGGCUGCAGCAUGACAUGGCCAAUGUGCUGCACAGGCUGCACGCUCUGGAGGAGCUGACCAAGUCGCAGUCAAGAUCAUCUUUGUCAAGGCGGGAGGACUCUGUAACUGCUGUGAGACAGUUCCUGAGACCGUCAUGGUGGCCUUGUGACUUCUCUCCACUCACAGUCGUGUUCACUGCACUCUGGCCUCUUAUCACCCAUUGGCUCGUCCAGCUUUACUUACAACGUAAGAGAAGCAAAAUACCAUGAAUUGUCAACGUUGCUCAGGAAAGAUGAACUGCGGAUGACGAUGACGCACUUUUUCUGGUUUUGUGGCUUUCUGGAGCCAAAGGCAGACACAGAGUGCAAUGAGGCAUCGGUAGAAUUUAAAAGGCUGUUUUAGAUAAAUAAAUGGUUGGAAACUUGGCAAUGUAGUGAAGCAUUUUAACUUGAAGCAAACUUUUGAGGUAUAUAAGAAAAGGGGGUGGUUUAGUUAUUACCAACGCUGGCCCAAUUUCUUUGUUCCAGUUAGUCUAUCAUGGGGUGGUGAUGUCAUGGAUGACUCAGAGAUCAUUCUACAUCAUUAUUGUACAUUUUAUAGUUUAAUUAGUUUUUUUUUUUCAAACUGCAGUGUUUCAUUACAAAUAAUGUAAAGUAAUUACAAUUACAUCAGUCUUUUAUAUGUGUUGUCUUGAAUAAUUAAAUGUUUUAGGAGAAUUUCUUUUAAAGUCAAAUAGACAUUUAAAGUGAGAGAUAUUAUUUUUGUGUCAAACUAUUUUUUUUAUAGGUUUAUAGUAACCCAAAAAAGAAACCGAGAAGAGUGAAGACAAUCCAUAUAUCUGUAUGUAAACAUUCUUGUUUCUUGUCAGCUUUAAGGAAAGAAUGAAGAAUAUUGUUUGUUUUGCGCAAGGAUAAUGCCUACAGUUACAGUAAAAUAUUAUAUGAAAUACACUGAAAACUGUAAUAAACGCAUUCUUUGAAGAAUCAUA